AUGGUUGAGGGCAAGCUGAAUGGAGCAAAGUACAGAGGAAUGUUGACAUAUGGCAUGUGUGACCUGCGCACAGGUCCCCUGGCUGGUGGGGCAGACGGGGUUGGUGUCGCUGGUGGUGGUGGUGUACGAUUUGGUGGGGUCUCUGAUCCUGGGGAGAAGGACGGCUCAGUGGCCUGUGUGGUCGAGUCCUCCUCGUCCUCUUCCUGCCUCUCAGUAGGCCCCCAGCUACUGCCGGUGCUGUAUUUAUCUACUGGACAGUCUUUGGCCAGUCUGCACUACGCAUUCAUGAUUGGGAAAUCGACUGCAAGCAAGAUCAUCCAGGAAACAUGCUGUGCGAUUUGGGAUGUCCUGUGUGAUGUGGUCAUGUCCAAGCCCACCAAGGAGGAGUGGAUGCAAAUUGCAGAACUUUUUGCCACCAGCUCAGACUCGGCAGUAUUCGCCCAUUCUGACUUUGGACUCAUGCUGCGCCAUGGUGAUCUGGACCUCCCAGGGAACACCACGCUGCCUGGUACCGCUCAACCUGCAAUGCCUUUUGUGUUUGUAGGAGAUGAGGCAUUUGCUCUUGGAACCACCUAUGCACAAGAGUCUGGAGUAUCUCCUGUUCUACAUGAAUUUAACGACCUGCCGCUGAGAAAUAUCAAUAACUUUACAUUUGAUGGGGUUUUUAAGAACAUAGAAAGUGUGACGUCAUUUCUCGACUGCCUGGGCUCUCAGUUCACUUGGCUGCAAGUUAUAUUCACCAAUUUCCCAUCUCUGCUGAACUUUGUGAGCAAACUGAAGUGUGUGACCGAUCUGUGCCCCAGGGACCUGGAGGAUUACGGCUGCGCCUGCAGAUUUGAGCUGGAGGGUCUUCCCGUAGACGAGGUGGACAGCUGUUGCUACCAUCACCGUAAAUGUUAUGAAGAAGCUCUUGAGAUGGACUGUGUUUGGGACCCAACUAAAGUCUCAUCUGACAUCAGUUGCCUUUCAAAGAACCUCACUUGUGAGCCUGGCGACGAAUGUGAGAAAGUGCUGUGCCGCUGCGACAAAGCCGCCAUUGAGUGUUUUGUGAACACGCACAUUAACUCUUCGGUGAAAGGGAUGGAUAUCACGUUCUGCCCGGAUCCCGUUACAGCUGCUCCAGAAAUCACAAUCCGGAAAAGUGACAUGGAUGCAAAAUCACUGCAGAACAGAAGUGCGGACGUCAUGUACAUUCCAACCCAGGAAGGGGAGCAGACUGCUUUGCAAAGUGACCCAACAUCGAUCCCUUCUGCGGAGGAGCUCAUGACGCCUCUGACAGGUCGAGGUGAUGCCAGUGGAAGCGCCACUCUAAUACCUGAGACCCAACAAGUAAGUGUCCCGCCUUGUACCUCUGUCUACAAAAGUAGAGUGAUUCCAACCAUGAGAUCAGGCUUCAAGAUAGCAGAGGAGAGUACAGUAAAUUUGGGCGUAUCAGUGGGAACAGAAAACGAUGUUGGUGAAUCCAUAGAACAAGUAUGCGACAGGUUUCACUUCCAGCAGCUGAAAGAGGACGGGAACACCAUGGAGUUACCACUACUGGGGGAAAUGUUAUAUUGUCUGACCGGCCGUUGCCCCCAAGAGUUUGAAUCCUACGGCUGCUACUGUGGACAUGAAGGCAGAGGGGACCCCAAAGACAUCCUGGACAGCUGCUGUUUCUCCCACCAAUGCUGCAUACAGCACCUUAGGAAGAUUGGCUGCAAUCCGGAUAGGAACGUGCGCUCAGAGGUCAUGUGCAUGGACAGAAAACCGACAUGUGUGGGCUGGAGCAUAUGCGACAGGCUGCUAUGCGUCUGCGACAAAGCUGCCGCGGAAUGCAUUGCCGCUGCGCCAGUCAACGAUUCUUUGCGAGUCUUGAACAGGAGUCGGUGCCAGGGGGAGGCUCAGUCGCUGUGCAGACAAGGGAGCGAAGAGGAGAAGCCGGAGCGAGCCAUUAAGACACAGUCAGAGAGCUCCAGCUCAGAAGAGAGCAGCGAAGAGCAGCGUCCAAUGAGAGACAUAGUGCGAGCUGGGAACUCCGGGUCAUCGGUGCCCAGGGGAGGCAGGCGGACACGCUCGCUGGGUAUCAGAAGGAAAAAUUAG